GACAAGUGAGAUACAAGAAGCAAGGCCGCUGCAACUGACGAUGGCCGCCACCUCUUCUUCAUCGACACCAUCACCGUCCACGUUUCCGUUCGAGUAUCACGUCUUCCUGAGCUUCUGUGGAGAGGACACAAGGAGGGGAUUCACCGACCAUCUCUACCAAGAACUCAGCCGAAGCGGCAUUCAUGCAUUUCGGGACAGCGAGGGGUUGGAGAAGGGCAAGAACAUAGAGGAACUGUUUGGGGUGAUCGAGAGGUCGGAGAUAUUCAUACCAAUCCUCUCCAACAACUAUGCACACUCCACAUGGUGUCUUAAGGAAAUCGAGAAGAUCGUGAGGGUAGUUGGGGAGGGGGAAAACGUGAGGAUUCUUCCUGUUUUCCACAAAAUUGAGCCCAAACAUGUGCGACACCAGACAGGACCAUUUGGAGCUGCUUUUAAAAUGCAUAGAAAGAGCAGACAGGUGGAGGUGCAGACAUUGAAUGAGUGGAGGGAGGCGUUGAGGAAAGUAGCAGAUCGUUCUGGCUACGAAAGUGAGAAAAUGUUUGAUGGACAUGAGGCGCCGCUUGUUAACCUGAUUGCUCAGAGAGUUGUACGAGAAUUAAAGAUUUGUCAACGGAAGGUAGCUGAACAUCCGGUUGGAGUUGAAUCACGGGCUCAGGAUAUCAUCAAGAAAUUGCAAUUCGACUCUAAAGAUGCAAAAAUGGUGGGAAUCCGUGGAAUGGGAGGACUUGGCAAGACGACAGUUGCCAGUGCUAUCUACAACAAAAUUUACAGAUGGUUUGAAUCCCAUUGCUUCAUUGAAGGCAUCAGGGAAGAAUAUCCCAUCGGACAAAAAGGGCUUGUCGGCUUACAAAGAGAAUUGGUGUCUAAAAUGUCCCGAGUACACAAGGAAAUAUCGCAUACCAGUGAAGGAACUGCUAUGCUUCGAAGCAUUUAUGGGAAUAAGAGGGUCUUGAUUGUUCUUGAUGAUGUUGAUAGUGUAGAGCAAGUUCGAGCAGUGGCUGAAAAACAGGAAUGGUUCCAUCCAGGCAGCAGAGUCAUUAUCACUACAAGGGAUGAGGGAGUAAUCAAUGCUCUUCAUGAUUGGGAAAAACAUAAGAUAUCCGUGCCGCUAAUGCAGCUGGAUGAAAAUGAAUCUCUCGAACUUUUCAGUUGGCAUGCUUUUACAGCGAACUCUCCAGCUGAUGGAUAUGAAGAGCUAUCCUUGGAAAUAGUUAGGGCCCUCGAUGGUUUACCAUUUGCUAUUGAAACCUUUGCAUCAUCUUUGUAUAAUAACAAAGACAGAAAAGAUUGGAAUGAAACAAUAAACACGUUGAGGGGAACACUUCUUGAUGACGGGAUUUACCAGAGGCUAAAACCAAGCUACGACCGUCUACGCAAUAGGGAUGAAAGAUCCAUUUUCCUUGAUGCUGCGUGCUUCUUCAGUGGAAUUGAUGAAAAAGCUGCACGUUAUACAUGGGAAGCUUGUGGCUUUUCCUCCAGGCUUUCAUUGAAAGCUCUUCUUGACAAAUCUCUCAUAAAAAUAAAUCAUGAUGGCAAAUUGGAGAUGCAUCAUCUCCUGCGAGAAACGGGCAGGCGUAUUGUUGAAGAAGAACCUGGGAGAGGACCGGAACAUCGCAGUAGGCUGUGGAAGCAACAAGAAAUAAUGAAUGUGCUAGAAGAGCGAACGGGAACAAAUAUAAUUGAAGGGAUCAGCCUCAGUGAUGAUAAGAAGGAGAUGAUUACUGUGAAAGCUUCUGGUUUUGCCUCGAUGAACAAACUUAGAUUGCUCAUGAUCAACGGUGUUCACUUAAAGGGUGGAUAUAUGACGAUGCCUCAACAUAUCAAGUGGUUGCAGUGGCAUGGAUGCCCCCUGAAAUCCCUUCCACGAGAUUUUCAUCUCAACGACGUUGCCGCCCUGGAUCUAUCAUAUAGCGACAUUACUGAAGUGCAGGGCGGCAACAAGGAUUUAGCAGGCAUCAGAGAACGGCUUACUUUAAGAAGAAAGCUAACUGAAACUGGUUUUCAAAGUCUAAAAUUUCUGGACCUGACUGCCUGCAAUCAGUUAAAAGUUACUCCUGAUAUAUCUGCAUUCCCUGGCUUAGAGAAAUUGGUGCUGGAUUGCUGUGAUAAUCUGGUCAAGGUUCAUGACUCUAUAGCAAAUCUCAAGAACUUGAAAGUAUUGAGUAUGAGUAGCUGCAGAAAGUUGACGGAGCUGCCUGACUGUAUAUCACACUUGACUUCGCUCAAAUUGCUGAACCUUGAGAACUGCCUUAGCAUCGAAAGACUGCCCGAUUCAUUGUUAAAGAAGAUUGCAUGGUGAAAAGACGUGUUGUAUUCAUUUGGUCGAGAUUCAACACAUUCAGUAAGAGUGUGUGCAGUUUUAUUA